ACUUUUACUUUGUAAGGUCGAGACGUCCCUCUCAUGCGUCUCUGGGAAACAUCAAAAUAGCGUUUAUUUGACUAAAAACGAAAGCCUGUGCUGGAUCUACCCACGUCUGCUUUGAGUUAAUGGGAAUUAUUAACAUCAUUUAGAGAUUAACCGGCGAAGAAAAACUUGAUGCAACGGCUGCGCUCUUUGAAACAAACAGUGACGCCCCCUUCACCUAGCAUUAGCAGCUAACGCUAAUCACUCACACACAGUCGCGUAGUAACAUUUGCUUGUUAGCUUGAAGACAUUUUCCAAACCCGAGGGUCCAGGAUGCGAGAGGAUUAUUUUUGAGGAACGACCCACAUCCACGUGCCAUGUCUCUGGUUUUCACACGACCCAACACCAACGCAGUCCACGGCAAGAAGGAUAAGAGACUGAUGGCGGAAGUGAACGCAUCGCCGCUCAAACACUUUGUCACGGCAAAGAAGAAGAUCAACGGGAUCUUUGAACAGUUAGGGGCCUACAUCAAGGAGAGCGCCUUAUUUCUGGAAGAUACCUACAAAAAUGAGGAGCUGGACCCGGUCACCACAGAGGAGCAGGUCCAGGAGGUCCGAGGUUACCUCAACAAGGUGGCAGGGAUCGGAGAGGUGCUCGCUCGCAGACACAUGAAGGUGGUCUUCUUUGGGAGGACGAGUAACGGAAAGAGCUCGGUGAUCAAUGCCAUGCUGUGCGACAAGGUGCUUCCCUCGGGGAUCGGACACACCACCAACUGCUUCCUGAGGGUGGAGGGCACCGAUGGCAACGAGUCCUUCCUCCUCACUGAAGGAUCCGAGGAGCGGAAGAGCAUAAAGACGGUGAACCAGCUGGCCCACGCUCUCCACCAGGACGAGGACCUGGACGCGGGCAGUUUGGUGUGUGUGAUGUGGCCUAAAGCCAAGUGUGCUCUUCUAAGGGAUGAUCUGGUUUUGGUGGACAGCCCGGGUAUCGAUGUCACCACAGAACUGGACAGCUGGAUCGACAAGUUCUGCCUGGAUGCCGAUGUGUUUGUUCUGGUGGCGAAUUCUGAGUCAACUCUGAUGCAGACGGAAAAGUCAUUUUUUCACAAAGUCAACGAGCGGCUCUCGAGCCCCAACAUCUUCAUCCUUAACAACCGCUGGGACGCCUCAGCCUCAGAGCCUGAAUACAUGGAGGAGGUCCGAAGGCAGCAUAUGGACCGGUGCACCAACUUCUUAGUCGACGAGCUGGGUUUGGUGGACCGGAGCCAGGCCAGUGAUCGCAUCUUCUUCGUGUCUGCAAAGGAAGUGCUCCAGGCUCGAGUGCAGAAGGCUCAAGGGAUGCCUGAAGGAGGAGGCGCUCUUGCAGAAGGUUUUCAAGCCAGAAUGUUUGAAUUCCAAAACUUUGAGAGGCGAUUCGAGGAGUGCAUCUCGCAGUCAGCCGUGAAGACCAAGUUCGAGCAGCACACAGUCAGGGCUAAACAGAUCUCUGAAGCUCUGCGCCGCAUCAUGGAUUCAGUUCACAUCGCUGCACAGGAGCAGAGGGUUUACUGCCUCGAGACCAAAGAGGACCGUCAGGACCGACUGGAGUUCAUAGACAAGCAGUUAGACCUGCUGACCAUGGACUGUAAGGCCAAGAUCAAGAAGAUAACUGAGGAGGUGGAGAGACAGGUGUCUAAUGCCAUGGCAGAGGAGAUCAGGAAGCUCAGUGUCCUGGUGGACGACUUCCACAUGGACUUCCACCCGUCACAAGUGGUGCUCAAGGUCUACAAGAAUGAGCUCCAUAGGCACAUAGAGGACGGUCUGGGAAAGAACAUGUCUGAGAGGUGCUCCACUUCCAUCACUGGCGCCCUGCAGGGCACGCAGACCGACAUGAUAGAGGGUCUGAAGCCCCUGCUGCCCAGCCCGGUCAGAGAGCAGGUGGACAAGCUGGUCCCUCGUCAGUGCUUCAGCCUCAGCUACGAUCUGGCCUGUGACAAACUCUGCAUGGACUUCCAGGAGGACAUCAGCUUCCACUUCUCUCUGGGCUGGACCAUGUUGGUGAACCGCUUCCUGGGGCCGAAGAACAGCAGGCGGGCCCUCAUGGGCUACAACGACCAGGUUCCUCGGCCCAUGGCUCUGACUCCGGUCAGCACCAGCAUGCCUCCGUUCCCACAGAGCUCCAUGACCCAAGAGGAGCUGAUGGUCUCCAUGGUGACCGGCCUCGCUUCCCUCACCUCGCGUACCUCCAUGGGCGUCCUUGUAGUUGGUGGCGUGAUCUGGAAGGCAGUGGGCUGGCGUCUGAUUGCGUUGUCCGUGGGUCUGUACGGACUCCUCUACAUCUACGAGAGGCUCACCUGGACCACCAAGGCCAAGGAGAGAGCCUUCAAGAGACAGUUUGUGGACUACGCCAGUGAGAAGCUGCAGCUCAUCGUCAGCUACACCGGCUCCAACUGUAGCCACCAAGUCCAGCAGGAGUUGGCAGGUGUGUUUGCUCAGCUCUGCCAGCAGGUAGACGUCACCCGUCAGAACCUGGAAGAUGAGAUCACUGACAUGAACAGCAAGAUUGAGCUCCUGGACAGCCUGCAGAGCAAGGCUAAGCUGCUGCGGAACAAGGCAGGUUGGCUGGACAGCGAGCUCAACAUGUUCACGCAGCAGUACCUUCACCACAGCAAGUAAACCUGACGGAGAACCUCCGCCUGAGAGACUGAACACCUCCAGAGGAACAUGUGGUACCCAAUGUUGUCAACAGAAGAGGGGGGGAAAUAGAAGUAGUUAGUUAGGAUAUUUAAUUUGAAUGGUUGGUUUUGAUUUGGCUUCAGGAAUGGAGUCACCUGAUGACUCGCCACACAAAAAUCUACAGAAAAGUUCAAAGACGGGGGGUUUAAUAGAACAAAAAAAAAAAGGUUUAACCACUUUGACUUCCCAGCUGACUUCCUGAUGCUUAUUACUCUAUUUAGCGCUUUCAAGUUCAGUUUUGAUGCCACACAAGAGAACAUGGACUUGGGGUCUCCAGAAGGACCGAUGGAUCUGACUCCAGAGCAGAAGAACGACUGAGCUCUCCUUGAAUCCCUAAAACACUGAGCGACUUUCAGAACGUUAAAUUCAGCUCGAGUUCACUCUGCCUCUGAGUGUGUGUGUAGAUUAGAUUUUUUGUACAUACACUUUGAACACUGGACGCGUGCCAUGCUUUAGUGAAAGGCAAGUCCACAUGAGGGAGAAUCGAAGAAAGUGACUUAAUUUAUUCCUCCAGUUACUGAAGAAUAUUUGAAAGAUGAAGCGUUUAGUCUGAGAGUGAUGCAGAGAAGGAGGAAACUGGUCGAGUUUCAGACGAGAAGGAAACAGGUGACACUUCACAUAUUAACGUGUGGUUAAGCAUCUUAACUGAGUAUUAUCUGUUCACCUUUAUGUACAAUAGCCCUACGUCUACAUCUACUGAGUGCUUUUCCUUUAUUGUUCUUUUUGAGUUAAUACAUCUUCGUUUAUGCCUGAGAGAUUGUGCAGCAAUGAAAUAACUAAGUUGAUUUGUGCAUUUCAAACAGCGGAGUUCAAAAUGUUAAUAAUGAUUACAGAGAUCCCAGUUUAUUGACUUGAGAUAUUCCAUAUUUUUUUGUCAGUCAACAAAGUCCACUUACAAACCAACAACUUUCAGCUUUCACAAGCUUUUACAAACUAUGACUUUAGAGGGUCUACAUUAAAUGGGAGAGGUCGCACAUUAAUCAAUCCAAAGUCAAGAGAGAGAGACCUCUUUAUUUCCAUGUGUUUCUCUGGUCCACACAAAUCCAGAGCAUUCAGGAGCAGAAUCUAAAGUUAGAAGGAGGACAUACUGGCUGCUGCAUUGUUGUCAGAGAAGCCAGCACUUCAACAUAGCAUGCUUCCUUAAUGUCUGAUCAUAUAUCUUACUGAUUGGACCUUUAAAGAGAAGGAAAUUAUGUAUUUAAUGGGACUAUGUUGGUCAGUAACACAGGAAGAAGCUUUGAAACAUUGGUUUCACAGCCUGUCAUUGGUUUGGAUCUGCACGUGGGAUUUGUUGAUGAGACUGAAUAUUUGGAAUAUCACAAAGGUGAUUUUUAACUUAAUGAUAAAUAAUAUAUUUAUUUACAAAAGGACCUGGAGACUUUCUGCACAUGGUUAGAUGUUUAAUGUCCGAAUUCAGACUUUAUUGAAGUUGCUUUAUUGUGAAUAUUUCCCAUGAAACUAAAAGGACACCUUGAAAUAAAUGUGGUAACAGUGCAUUAAAGCAUUCCCAGAUAUCUGAGGCUUCUCACAGAAGACUCUGCUAUCUGGUCGCUUAGCAACAGAGGGGAGGGUGUCGGCGUUAAAGUCGGCUAUUAGGUAAGUCAGAAAAACCAAAGAGACGUGUGAGCUCAUUUAAAGACAACGGACAGGGACAACUGAAGUUUAUGUUUAGGUUGUUAAAAGUUCUCCUGAUCUCACACCUGGGCACCUUUUUUUAAAAACUAAAUUUAAUAAAUCUAAAAUAAGAAGGGAUUUCUAUCAUUAUCGUUGAAGUUAGCUUGACUUGGCUCAUAUCUGAUCUUCAGACUUUUUAAACUUGAUCCCUCUGUCGAGGACACUAAAAGAAGUUCACGGUGUGCAACUUUAUUUCCCAAUUUAUUAAAUUCAACUCGAAACUUUUGACGCUAUUUUAAAAAAUAAAUUCCUCAGAACUGAUUCUCCAUUACAAAUCUAAAGAUUUUAGAGAAUGAUGUUUUUAACUCGAGACAUCCGCACUGCCGAUGGCGACCUCGGUGUCUCGUGUAUCUUGAGUUCCACUCUUUUGUCUUGCUCUGAAUGCGGGUCCCGUUCUGUUCCUGCAGACAAAUAUUUGACCUCCGAGUAGGAAUCUGGGCUUCAGUCUGUAUGACGGGUUUGUGAGGGGGUCAAAAUGCAGAAUCCCCCCCCCCCCCCACCCGUUUGGGACAUGAGAUUGUGCUGUUGGUUUCUAAAAUGUGUAUAUAAUGUAACUUAAUUUGCCUUUAAAAAGGAAACCAUGGGAAAAGCGCCCAAAGAGACGACACCACAUCCGCUUUGGAAAGGUCGUGGUUGAUUCGGCCGCGUCGUAAAAUAGAGCCAUACACUGUGUGUUGCCAAGUGAGCGGGACGGCUGCCGUAGAACACUUCCUUCAGAGUGAAGACUUGCACUUUAUCAAUUUGCUGCUUCAUUAUUUUUUUUAAAUUAUUGUUGUUAUUUUUCUUGAUAAAGUUGAAAGCACAGGUGAGCUGUGUUCGGCUUCAGGAGGGUGAUCAUACCUGCAUGCAGUGGUUGUUGUCAGUUUUUUUUUGUCCUGUUGAAAUGUUCAAACAUGUAUGUAAAAAAAAAAAAAGAAUUACAAAUAAAGGUGACACAAUGAUAAACAACAAGUUA